AUGUAUCUCAACACCUCCCUUCUCGCCACCUCGCUCCUCCUCACUACUACCGCCCUCGCCCAAAGCGCGUCCGUACAGUGGGACAACUUCGGCCAUAUCCGUGUCUAUUCGCAAGACGAGAAGGGCAGAACCCUCGAGGCGCGAUUCGACGGUGGAUGGAGUGGGCCAUAUGAUGUUGGCGCGAUCGCCAAGGUUGGUAGCGCGAUGACUGCGGUUGCUUGUGAUGCGGGUCGCGUGAGUUUUGCUCUCUCUCCUUGGUUCCUCCUGACGGAUACUCUGGGGACGGUGGGUGGGGGAGGUGGUGGCCGCUUCGCGGCCACCGACUCAACGCCACCUCAGGCGAGCGAAGCGAGCACUCCAUAG